UAUAACUCGAAAUUUGUCUUAAUUCAAAAUUGUAAUGACCCUAAAUCCAAAAUGAUUAAAACUUAAUUUUGAUCUAAACUAAAUUGUUACUCUAUGUCAAUAAAAUAGAUAAAACAAAAUUAAGUCAAAGCCUAGUGAUCUAAGUAACGAGCCCGAAACACACCCAAUUCCACUGAAAUAUGCCAUAUAAAAAAACUAGCUGAGGUCUGGUGUUUCAGUCUCGGAAAAUGGGCCUAUCUUGGAGCCCAAUGAUUACCAUGCUACAAAACCCCAUUUUUUAUUGGGAAACUUGGAGCAGAGAAGCAUGCAAACACUGGUUCUCCUACAGCGCCGUCGGCUCUUUCAAGCAAUACAUCGAACACUUGAUAUUACUGCCUUAUCUCUCAAGUUUCUUUCUUCCCAAACAGCUGAUAACCUUCAAGGACAAACUUCAGAGUCCAAACAAGAAGAACCCAAGUGCUUAUCUUGGAGAAUUGAGAGGCUCCCUAAAGGAGAAACAGUUGGGUCAGCAUUACAAAGCUGGAUGGCUGAUGGGUUUCCUGUUCAUAGAGGUGAUGGAAUGGGUGAUUAGAGAGAGACCAUACAGGCCGAAAGAAUUAGACUACUCUUACCUGUUGGAAUUUACAACUAAACUCCAUGGCGUAUCACAAGGUGAAAAACUAUUUAGUUGUGUCCCUCAAGAGUAUCAGAAAGAGUUGCUCUACAAUAAUCUUGUGAUUGCGUGCUUGGAUAAAGGCCUGAUAAGGCUUUCACUUGAGUGCAUGAAGAAAAUGAGGGAAUUGAGACACCCUAUAUCACACUUGGUUUUCAAUCGUCUGAUAAUCCUCCAUUCAUCUCCAGCACGCAGGAAGACCAUUCCAAAAAUUCUAAAUCAAAUGAAGGCAGAUAAGGUGGUGCAACAUGUCUCCACCUACAAUAUUCUCAUGAAAAUGGAGGCAAAUGAGCAUAAUAUUGAAGGGUUGGUAAAGGUUUUCAAUGAUAUGAAGCAAGUAGAAGUUGAGCCAAAUGAGGUAUCUUACUGCAUGCUAGCUACUGCACAUGCGGUGGCAAGGCUAUACACUGCGGCUGAAGCUUAUGUUGAGGCUGUGGAGGAAGUUAUGAGAGGGAAUAACUGGUCGACACUGGAUGUCCUAAUUAUAUUGUAUGGGUAUUUGGGGAAGCAGAAGCAACUAGAGAGGACUUGGGGCACUGUGCAAGAGUUCCCCCAUGUUCGGUCUAAAAGUUAUAUUCUGGCAAUUGAAGCAUAUGGUAGGAUAGGACAGCUAAAUCAAGCUGAAGAGCUUUGGUUACAAAUGAAGUCAAUGAAAGUGUUAAAAUCAACUGAACAGUUCAAUUCAAUGAUAUCUGUAUAUUGCAAACAUGGGCUUCUCAGCAAAGCAACUGAGGUUUUCAGAGAAAUGAGGACGAAUGGAUGCAAACCAAAUUCCAUUACCUUUCGACAACUUGCUCUGGGGUGCUUAAAAGCAGGACUUGUGGAGGAAUGCUUGAAAACUCUAGACAUGGGUAUGAAUUUGACAACAAGCAACAAAGUCAGGUACUCAACACCAUGGUUGGAGACCACCUUUUCGAUGAUUGAGAUUUUUGCUGAAAAAGGUGAUGUGAAGAAUGCUGAGAAAUUGUUUGAAGAGCUUAGAAAAGCCAGGUAUACCCGGUAUACCUUCGUGUACAAUACUUUGAUAAAGGCUUAUGUGAAGGCCAAAAUCUACGAUCCUAAUCUUUUGAAAAGGAUGAUUCUUGGAGGGUCUAGGCCCGAUGCUGAAACCUAUAGCCUACUGAAACUUUGUGAACAGCUUCAAAGAUGACUGUAAGCCUUAUCGUUGUGAUU